AUGAAACCAUCAGUCAAAACAAAUGGUGAUAAUUCACAACCCAUAAAUUAUAGAAGACCAUGUGUUGUAAUUAGCUUCAUCUCUCUAAGUCUAUUGAGUGUUAGUAUUAUCACUUUUUUUAUCACCUGUGGUUUACUGUACGACGGUGAACAUACAUUGAAAAAGUAUUUUUAUCCAAGUACAUGUCAAGUAAAAGACAUCUCAUAUCAUUUAACAUGGUGCACUGCACGCUGGAGACAACGUUUUCGAUGCUAUCAAAUCCAUUGGCAUGUAACUUAUAGUCUUUUACAAAAUCUAACAGAAUAUUGUGAUGAUCAAUUUAAUGCAACAAUUCAAAGUUCAUAUGCACGUCAUUAUGAACAAAUUACAGAUGCAAUCAAUGCAGCACAAGAAUAUCAAGUGAACAUGUCUUAUCCAUGUUGGUACGACACAAGAGAUUUAUCUGUUGUUCAGUGGUACGGUUCAUAUGGUUCUGCUGGUCUUAUACUUCUUAUCUGUGCUGCUUCAUUUAUUCCACUCAGUAUUCUUACUUUGUGCUUUGAUGGAAAGCGCAAAUUAUUCUUUCAUUCUGAUCGUGUUAAAUGUGUGGAUAUUCAUCCAAACGAACCAUGGAUCUUAGCAACACUUUACAAUGGUCAUGCACAUAUCUACAAUCAUGAUACUCAACAAUUAAUAAAAACAUUCGAAAUAUGUGAUGUACCUGUCCGUACCGGUAAAUUUGUCGUGCGAAAAAAUUGGAUCAUUACUGCAUCGGAUGAUAUGUUUGUUCGUGUUUACGAUUACAAUACAUUGGAACGAGUGCAUCAAUUUGAAGCACAUAGUGAUUAUAUUCGUUCAAUUGUGGUUCAUCCUACUCAAUCCUGUAUUUUGACUUGUAGUGAUGAUAUGACUAUCAAAUUAUGGGAUUGGGACGCUCAAUGGGCAUUGAAACAAACUUUUGAAGGACACACUCAUUAUGUUAUGCAAAUAGCAAUUAAUUCAAAGGAUGAUAGUAAUUUUGCUUCUGCUUCUCUUGACCACACUAUCAAGGUCUGGCAGUUAGGAUCUACUGAAGCGGCUUUUACUUUGGAAGGUCAUGAAAAAGGUGUUAAUUGUGUGAAUUAUUGUUUGGAUGAUGAUAAACCAUAUCUAGUUUCCGGUGGUGAUGAUCAUCUAGUUAAAAUCUGGGAUUAUCAAAAUAAAACUUGCAUACAAACAUUAGAAGGACAUUCACAAAAUGUUAGUUGUGUGGCUUUUCAUCCUGAAUUACCUAUUAUUUUGAGUGGUUCCGAAGAUGGAACAGUCAAAUUAUGGCAUUCGGAUACUUACUGUCUCGAAUCAACAUUGAACUUUGGUCUUGGAAGAUGUUGGACGAUAUCAUGUUUGAAAUGCUCGAAUAAUGCAGUUCUUGGUUAUGAUGAAGGAACAUUGAUGAUUAAGUUGGAUCGAGAAGAACCGACCGAGUCAAUGAAUGAAUUAAUGGAUAAAAUCGUUGAUUGA